UUCUAACGUCUCAUGGCGGCACACGACAGUACGGGCACCUCUUUUAAACCCCAUACCGACAACUCCGUGGAAACAGUCAUGAAACCGUUCAGUCACAGCGUGAAUUCACCGGUGGAUCUCACAUGGUAUGCGCUCAUCCUCUGAUCGAUAAACUAUCGAUCCUUCAGAGAAGUCUUCAUUUACAUGAGUGAUAAUGUCCAUAGUAACAGUGCAGCUCGGUCAGUGUGGUAACCAGGUGGGUCAUGAGUUGUUUGACAUCAUCUGCAACGAUGCUCGCGAGGGACAGAGGAAAGAGUACAGCACAGCCAGCUGUGAGCGAUUCUUCCACCACACAGCACAAGGAGACCUUGUAGCCAGGGCGGUGCUGGUCGACAUGGAACCCAAAGUGAUCAACCGGAGUAUCAGCAGGGCUGCCAAAUCUGGCAUGUGGCGGUAUGGAGAAACUUCACACUUCAGCCAGAAGCAGGGCUCUGGAAACAACUGGGCUAAUGGGUUCUGUGUCCACGGCCCGCGUCACAGAGACGUGGUGGAGGAGCUGGUGAGGCGGGAGGCGGAGCGUUGUGACAGACUGGCCGGGCUCAUGGCCAUGAUGAGUGUGGCAGGGGGAACGGGAUCCGGGGUCGGAACCUACGUCACCCAGUGUCUCCGAGACGUCUACCCCAAGUCCUUCAUCCUCAACCACCUCACGUGGCCGUAUGGGACUGGGGAGGUGAUCGUCCAGAAUUACAACUCUGUGCUGACGCUAGCUCAUCUCUACCAGCUGUCAGACGCCAUCCUGGUGCACGAGAACGACACGGUACACAGGGUUUGCAGCCAGCUGCUCAACAUCAAGCACAUCUCCUUUGGCGAUGUCAACAGGGUUAUUGCUCACCAGCUGGGCAGCGUCCUGCAACCCGCCCUCACUGCUGACUCCCACGGAGUCUACAGCAGAAAUCCUCUGGGUGAGUUGGCAAGCGCCCUUGCAUGCCACCCAGAGUACAAGCUGCUCAGUGUGUGUACGAUCCCUCAGAUACCCAGUUCCUCCAUAGCCUACAGCACGUUCAGCUGGCCAGGCCCACUCAGACACCUGCGACAGAUGCUCAUCUCCAACACCAAGAUGGAGGAAGGUAUAGACUGGCAGGUGCGUCCACUUGCAGACUCUGAGCGGACCAGGAGCCUCACAGGACCCAGCUUUAACACCUCUCUGGCCAACCUGCUCAUACUGAGAGGGAAAGACGUCUUCAGCGCAGAGACAGUUGGCUUUGAGGAUGCAGCCCUGUACACCUCCUGGCUCUCAUCAGAGGAGGCCUUCCACUUGUGGAAAUCCCCAGUGCCUUUUAAUAAGUAUGAAAAAUCUGCCACGCUGGUCAGUAACAGUCAGGCUCUGCUCAGACCUCUGGACAACAUGGUGGGAAAAGCCUGGAAUAUGUUUGCUUCCAGGGCCUACAUCCAUCAGUACAUUAAAUUUGGGAUCUCAGAGGAGGAUUUUCUAGACAGCUUUACAUCUCUUGAGCAAGUCAUUUCCAGCUACAGUCAACUGAGCUAGAAACCACUGUUCCUUUGGACCAUAUGUAGACAAGAGAUUACCAUUAUGUGGGACAACAAUGAACAUGUAAAUAAAACUAAUUCCCUGACUUUGACGUCUGCAGUGGAAA